AUGCCCCUCCGAAGCAUCGUCCGUCGACUGACAGACCUCGACCCCCCUCAACAAGUGUACAUCCCCCCUACCUCCUGCAAUGCCUCCGACUCGGACCCCAACCCCUCGCAUUUCCCCCCUGCCUCAGCGUCAAGAAAUCCCAACCUCCUCCCACGCACGAUCGACCCUUCCGCCCUGAUCCCCCAAGCAGAUAAACUGCUCGCGUUCCGCGCCCUGACAGGCAUCGACAGCCUUCCCUGCCUAACGGAACCAGGCCACCUGCACCGUCCAGCAGAGAACAUAGGCAUCUACGCACGCGUGCACGCCCACGAAGCCAGCGCGGCCCAUCGCUCCCGCUUCUUCAGCAUCCUAGUGACCGCCUGUCUGGCCGUGCAGAUUGUCGUGGCGGCGUCGUUGACGGCGCUCGGCGCUGCAAGGGGCCCGCACGCGGCCAUCACGGCCUUUGGCGCGAUUAAUACCAUCGUCGCCGGGGUGCUGACGUACCUGAAGGGCAGUGGCUUGCCGGAUACCCUGAAGGAAAGGAGGAGACAGUGGAGGGAUGUCAGGGAGUAUAUUGAGUUCAGGGAGCGGGAGUUUUGUCUGCGUGAGUGUACGCUCGAUGUGUAUGAGGAGGUUAAAGUCGUUCAGAGGAUGUAUGACCUUGUCAGAGGGGAGAAUAAGGAUGCGUGUAGAUAG